AUGGCAGAAAGAAGACCAAAACGCCAACGCAUCAGCUUGGGAGGACCAGCUGUAGACACGUCAUUCGAGGACUAUCUCACUGGAAAAACCACAGAAAAAUCCACGGAAGACGAAGAAGAAGAAUUCGAUCAAGAAAACGUGGAUCCCGAGGAUGAACUUGAAGACGAAGAUGAAUUUGAACCACAACCAGCAGCUCCAACUAGAGCAACUUCCUCAACUACAUCAACAACCAACGCACCAAUAACCAACCCCCGAGACUUGGUUCUAAGAAUCCACGCCCAUCAAAACAACACCCCUUCCACUUCCGCAAAGAACAUUUUCUACUUGGUACACAUCUGGUCGCUAUUCGGAGAAGUCCCCGUAGAAGUAACGAGAUUACUACGCGUCCCAGCAACCCUCCUCUUCGAACAAUUCUCAGAAGCAAUCUGCGCAACCCUCGACUGGGAUGAAAUCCACCUCUGGAAAUUUUCUCUCGAGCCUCGACAACAAAAUGCAAAAAACAAAUACCCAGAUGAACGCAAAGAAAUUGCAAACAUCAAAGAUUGUGGUCCCGGAGGAAUGCACAAUUUAGGUGCUGAUGUAAAGUCUUCGAAAGAUUUGGAUAGCAAAAAAGUAAGGUUGAUGGAUGUUUGGGGUGAGACGCAGGCUCCUGAAGUCAGGAAGUUGAGAAUGUUUUUCACGUAUGACUGCUAUGGGGACUGGUCAACUGCUCAGGUGACGUUUAUGGGUGUUGCAGCGGAAGGCUUGCAAGCUGCGGAUCUUGGGAUCAAGGUCAAGAAGGGCCAGGCUAUUUGGUGUGCUGGUGGAAGCGGAGCCAGUGUGCCGGUAGGCGUGCCAGAGGACGAGUUUGAUGAGUGGGAGGCGGAGACGAACAAGCAUGAGUGGGAGAUUGGCGAUGUUAAUAAACACUUGGCUGAGAUUGAGGUCAAGGUGUAG